AUGCCCAGCUUCUUCCAGUUCACCCAGGGGACAGAGGCUUGCGUUCGUCCCAGCGACUCGUCGCCUCUGCUGGGACGCUUUCGAGCCGUGCCCCCCCGCCCCGGCUCGUCGCGCCGCAGGUCCAGCCAGCUCGGCUUGCUGUCGGACCGCCUGUCCACCUUGUCUGGCGACGGUCGGGGCAGCGUGCACGUCGGCUACGGCACCCUGGUCGCCGCGCAGGUGGCCGGGGAGGCGGCGGACGACGAGGCGGCGGACCGUGACGGCGACGCGCGCACCUCGUCGGCCUUGACGAGGCUUUGGCAGGGCUGGGUCCUGGACCUGUGGGUGAAUCCGAAGCAGGCGGCUGUCAAGCGCAUGGUGGACCGGUGGUGGACCAGAUACGGCCUGCUGGUGUUUCUGCCCGCCGCUUUGGCGGUUGCUUGGUGUGCUGUUCCGUUCCCGCAGUACCCUCUUCCCGGACCGGAUGACCGCGCCGGCUCCCAGCCUGGCCGGGUCGAGCGCCCCGAAAACGACCCCAAGCCACCGGCCCACGGCGCGGCCCGGGUCCAGGUCAACUUUUGGUUCUUCCUCUUGGUCUACUACGGCUUCUACAACCUCACCGCCCUGACCUGGAUCACCAAACUGUUCAACCUGUACAACCUCAACUGGUGGCCGCAGUCCCUGGGAUUCCCCCUGACCGUCUCCCUCAUCGCCGUCCUGUCCAUCGCCGUCCCCAUCCCCGUCUACCUGAGGCCCGAGACCCGCUUCCUCACCGUCCACAACACGUCCUGGAUCUCGUGGACCUUCAUCAUCAUGGCCACCCCCGUGGCCGUCGCCUUCCUCAUCCUCAUGGUCAACGAGAGGCACAUUGGCCUGCGGCACUCCCUGUCCGAGACGCAGCGCAUCUUCAGCACCUCGUGGUGGGCCGGCGAGCCCGACACGCCGCCCCCUCGGCGCGACCGGCGCCGCCGCAACCACCGCAACCACCGCAACCACCACCAUCUCGCGGCCGACCUGGAGCCCGAGAUGCUCCACGUCAACCCGCGGCUUCGCCCGCAGGGCGUGGCCAUGCGGCGCCGGUGGCUGCCGGCCAGCUUCGUCAGGUUCCUGUGGUUCUGCGUCGCCCUGUUCGUGGGCCUCAUGGUGUACGUGAUUGGAGAGGCGUACGCGGAGCUGUACAUCCGCACCUUGCCUCACAACAACUUGGAGACGGUCGUCUACGUGUACGGCUGGGUCGCCACGGUGCAUCUCCUCGAUGCUCUGACGGGCUGGGUGCUGGGCCUCCGAGAAGGCGAGCGAGUCGGAAGCUACCCGCUGAGCUGGGUCUUUAAGCUAUACUUCAUGCUGACCUACCAGACCUACGUCCGCGCCCUGUACGCCCGCCUCCGCUCGCCGUCGCAGUUCAUCAUCCUCCAGAUCCUCUCGUCCACGUCCCUCGUCGUUCUGACGCCCGUCAUGAUGACCCGCUUCACCCACCGCGCGCUCACCGUGCUCGGCCUCAACGGCCUCAGCUACGGCUCCUACCAGAAGCUGCAGGCGCGCAACGUCUUCAUCCGCUUCCUGGCCGAGAACGCCUCCAUGGCCACCUUUCUCGGCAGCGUCGCCGUGCUGCACUACGGCGCCAACAAGGCCGUGUACCCGUACUUUGCCUUUGCCAAGGGCGACGGGCCGUACGACUUCAGGCUGACCUUUAUCGCGUCGUCCGUCACGUGGGCCUGCGAGCUGGUGGCCAGCUUUGCCGUCAGGCUCCUGAUCCGGCUCUGCUUCAACGUGGAUGUCGGCUUGGAGGGAAGGCUGGAUUUCACCGUGUGGCCCGAGCUGCUGCCCACUUGCGCGGCCGUCAUGCUGCAUGUCUUGCAGAACAUGCUCUUUUCCAUUAUUGCGCUGCAGUUUCGCUGA